AUGGCGCCUUUUGUUGAAGCCUGUAGGUAUAAACCUGUACCACUCUCAUUGAGCUCUCUCUGUUCAUGUCCUUGCCGUUCCUCGUCAACAAAACCUCUAAUUCUUCCCCAUUCCUCUCCAAACUAUUCGAACUUGCGUCUCGUCGAUUCCAAAUCACCGUCUCAUUCUCGGAUUUCUGUUAACCGGCGCGUUAUCGCUGCCGUUGCUCGAGCUGAAUCAGAUCAGCUUGGCGAUGAUAGCAAUUCAAAGGAGGAAGAAGACAGAGAUCAGGAACUGCAAAAUGUGGAGGAAGAUUCGAGUUUUGAUGAACAGAAGCGAAAUUCAAAAAGCCAGUUUAAGAAAAGAGUAGUUUUUGGUCUAGGAAUCGGAUUCUCUGUAGGAGGUGUUGUGUUAGCAGGAGGAUGGAUUUUCACAGUAGCAUUAGCAGCUGCUGUUCUUCUAAGCGCCAGAGAAUAUUUCGAGUUAGUGAGAAGUAAAGGGAUUGCUCAAGGAAUGACACCUCCUCCAAGAUAUCUAUCUAGAGUCUGCUCUGUUAUAUGUGCUCUCAUGCCAUUACUUACAUUGUACUUUGGUCAUAUAGAUAUCUCGGUGACAUCAGGGGCUUUCGUUGUUGCAAUGGCGUUGCUGUUACAGAGAGGAAACCCGCGGUUUUCGCAGCUGAGUAGUACGAUGUUCGGGCUGUUUUACUGUGGAUAUCUUCCUUGUUUUUGGGUUAAGCUACGGUGUGGUCUCACUGCUCCUGUUCUAAACGCCGGAAUUGGAAGAAGCUGGCCUGUUCUACUCGGUGGCCAAGCUCAUUGGACUGUUGGACUUGUUGCAAUAUUAGUUUCGUUUUGCGGUAUCAUUGCCUCUGACACAUUCGCUUUUCUCGGUGGCAAGGCAUUUGGUAAGACUCCUCUUACAAGCGUUAGUCCAAAGAAGACAUGGGAGGGAGCUCUUGCUGGACUUGUUGGUUGUAUUGCCAUUACCGUUUUGCUCUCCAAAUCUUUGUCUUGGCCUCAGUCUCUUGUCAGCACAAUAGCAUUUGGGUUUCUUAACUUCUUUGGAUCGGUGUUUGGUGACUUAACCGAGUCAAUGAUCAAACGAGAUGCUGGUGUCAAAGACUCCGGCUCACUCAUCCCUGGACACGGUGGAAUAUUGGACAGAGUUGAUAGUUACAUAUUCACUGGUGCUUUAGCUUACUCCUUCGUAAGACUUCAUGGAGUUUGA